GCCUGCGCACUGUGCGCCGGUUGCCCAUGCGGCCCUAGGGCUGGGAGCGCGGCGCCGCUCCGCUGCGGGGGAGGCCAUGGCGGAACCUUCCCAGGCCCCAAACCCGGCCCCGGCAGCGCAGCCCCGGCCCCUUCAGUCCCCGGCCCCUGCCCCAACUUCGACUCCUGCGCCCAGUCCGGCUUCAGCCCCCACUCCGGCUCCUACUCCGGCACCAGCUCCUGCCCCAGCUGCAGCCCCAGCCGGGAGCACAGGGACUGGGGGGGCCGGGGUAGGAAGUGGAGGGGAUCCGGCUCGACCUGGCCUGAGCCAGCAGCAGCGCGCUAGCCAGAGAAAGGCGCAAGUCCGGGGGCUGCCGCGUGCCAAGAAGCUUGAGAAACUAGGGGUCUUCUCAGCUUGCAAGGCCAAUGAAACCUGCAAGUGUAAUGGCUGGAAAAACCCCAAGCCCCCCACUGCACCUCGCAUGGACCUACAGCAGCCAGCUGCUAACCUGAGCGAGUUGUGCCGCAGCUGUGAGCACCCCUUGGCGGACCAUGUGUCCCACCUGGAGAAUGUGUCAGAGGAUGAGAUUAACCGGCUCUUGGGAAUGGUAGUGGAUGUAGAAAAUCUGUUCAUGUCUGUUCACAAGGAAGAGGACACGGACACCAAGCAGGUCUAUUUCUACCUCUUCAAGCUCCUGCGGAAAUGCAUCCUGCAAAUGACACGACCAGUGGUGGAGGGAUCCCUAGGCAGCCCGCCAUUUGAGAAGCCUAACAUUGAGCAGGGCGUUCUGAACUUUGUGCAGUACAAAUUUAGCCACCUGGCCCCCCGGGAGCGGCAGACAAUGUUCGAGCUCUCGAAGAUGUUCCUGCUCUGCCUUAACUACUGGAAGCUGGAGACCCCUGCUCAAUUCCGGCAGCGAUCCCAGUCUGAGGAUGUUGCUACCUAUAAGGUCAAUUAUACCAGGUGGCUCUGUUACUGCCACGUGCCUCAGAGCUGCGACAGCCUCCCCCGAUAUGAGACCACCCAUGUGUUUGGCCGAAGCCUUCUGCGGUCCAUUUUUACUGUCACCCGCCGGCAGCUACUGGAAAAAUUUCGGGUGGAGAAGGACAAACUGGUGCCCGAGAAGAGGACCCUCAUUCUCACUCACUUCCCCAAGUUCCUGUCCAUGCUUGAGGAAGAGAUCUACGGGGCGAAUUCCCCCAUCUGGGAGUCAGGCUUCACCAUGCCACCUUCGGAGGGGACACAGCUGGUGCCCCGGCCAGCGACUGUGAGUGCAACAGUUGUACCCAGCACUCCCAUCUUCAGUCCUUCCAUGGGCGGAGGCAGCAACAGCUCUCUGAGCCUAGAUUCCACAGGGGCAGAGCCCAUGCCAGCAGGAGAGAAGAGGAAGCUUCCUGAGAACCUGACUCUGGAGGAUGCUAAGCGGCUCCGAGUGAUGGGUGACAUUCCCAUGGAGCUGGUCAAUGAGGUCAUGCUGACCAUCACUGACCCUGCUGCCAUGCUGGGGCCCGAGACGAGCCUGCUUUCAGCCAACGCAGCUCGAGAUGAAACAGCUCGCCUGGAAGAGCGUCGAGGGAUCAUCGAAUUCCACGUCAUUGGCAACUCUCUGACGCCCAAGGCCAACCGGCGUGUGCUGCUGUGGCUUGUGGGGCUGCAGAACGUCUUCUCCCACCAGCUGCCACGAAUGCCCAAGGAAUAUAUUGCCCGCCUCGUCUUUGACCCGAAGCAUAAGACCCUGGCCUUGAUCAAGGAUGGGCGGGUCAUCGGUGGGAUUUGCUUCCGCAUGUUUCCCACCCAGGGCUUCACGGAAAUCGUCUUCUGUGCUGUCACCUCAAAUGAGCAGGUCAAGGGCUAUGGCACCCACCUGAUGAAUCACCUGAAGGAGUACCACAUCAAACACAGCAUCCUGUACUUCCUCACCUACGCCGACGAGUACGCCAUCGGCUACUUCAAGAAGCAGGGCUUCUCCAAGGACAUCAAGGUGCCCAAGAGCCGAUAUCUGGGCUACAUCAAGGACUAUGAGGGAGCGACACUGAUGGAGUGUGAGCUGAACCCCCGCAUCCCCUACACAGAGCUGUCCCACAUCAUCAAGAAACAGAAGGAGAUCAUCAAGAAGUUGAUUGAGCGCAAACAGGCACAGAUCCGAAAGGUUUACCCUGGACUCAGCUGCUUCAAAGAAGGAGUGAGGCAGAUCCCUGUGGAGAGCGUCCCUGGCAUUCGAGAGACAGGCUGGAAGCCACUGGGAAAGGAGAAGGGCAAGGAGCUGAAGGACCCUGACCAGCUGUAUACGACCCUCAAAAACCUGCUGGCUCAGAUCAAGUCACACCCCAGUGCCUGGCCCUUCAUGGAACCUGUGAAGAAGUCGGAGGCCCCUGACUACUACGAGGUUAUCCGCUUCCCCAUUGACCUGAAGACCAUGACAGAACGGUUGCGCAGCCGCUACUAUGUGACCCGGAAGCUCUUUGUAGCCGACCUGCAGCGGGUCAUCGCCAACUGCCGGGAGUACAAUCCCCCAGACAGCGAAUAUUGUCGCUGCGCCAGUGCCCUGGAGAAGUUCUUCUACUUCAAGCUCAAAGAAGGAGGGCUCAUUGACAAGUAGUGCCCAACUGGGGUCUGCACUGUCCACCUCUGUCUCAUCAGAUCCGUUUGGGUGCUCCCGGACCCCCUCUCCCUGACUCAGCGGGAGAAACUCCAGCCAGGGGCCCCAAGUCUUGCAGACUUUGGCCAGCAGGCACUUAUUCCCAAGCCUGCAGCUCUCUUCCCACCUUCAUUGCAUCCGACAUUAGGGAGGUGUCUGGUCUGGGGCCAGCCCCUUGUAGAAUGUCUGGUGGCCAGGGAAUGAACUGCUAGUCCUUACAGAGCUAUGCAGGCUGAGCGUCCUGAGCCUGGUCCAGGUGCCUGUUUCCCGGGGCCAGGACUAUUCAGUGAGGAGCCUCGACGUGGGAACAGCUCAGACUGGAGGAACUAUGAGGGGCCUUGGCUCGUCCUACACUGUUGUCCACCUGUCCCCCGGGUUUGGGGGCAGGAGGACCAUUCAUUCCUUGGCAUUAAUCCCUUGGAGGGAACAAUAAAGCUUUUUUUUUUC